GCCAGCAGCUGCAAGGCCCGAGAUACACAUCCUGGGAAGGAAAAUGCAGUGUGGACCCCUCUGCCGACUCCUGUGGCUGUGGCCCUGUCUGUCCUGUGUUCCAGCUGUGCCCAUGAGGAAAGUCCAGGAUGACACCAAGACCCUCAUCAAAACCAUUGUCACCAGGAUCAGUGACAUCUCACACACGCAGUUGGUCUCCUCCAGACAGAGGGUCGUCGGUUUGGACUUCAUCCCUGGCCUCCACCCGAACCUGAGCUUGUCCACGAUGGACCAGACGCUGGCCAUCUACCAACAGAUCCUUGCCAGUCUGCCGUCCCGAAAUGUGAUCCAAAUAGCCAACGACCUGGAGAACCUCCGGGACCUUCUGCACCUGCUGGCCUUGUCCAAGAGCUGCCCCCUGCCCCGGGCCAGUGGCCUGGAGACCCUGGAGGGCCUGGGAGGCGUCCUGGAGGCCUCACUCUACUCCACGGAGGUGGUGGCCCUGAGCAGGCUGCAGGGGUCCCUGCAGGCAAUGCUGCAGCAGCUGGACCUGGGCCCUGGGUGCUGAGCCCCGGGGGCUGCUCUUCCCCCAAGGACCAUGCUGAGGAAAGAAUCCUGCUUCUAGGGUCCCCAGGACAAGAGAGCCGCACGUGGACGUCCCUUCUCCAGCACUCUGUCUGUGUCUCUCACACUCCUCCAAGCCCUUCCAAAGCACAAGACUCCAUCUGGCUUAGAACCAAAGAUGCUGUGCUCACCAGGAAGGGAGUGGGGGAUGUCCCUUCCAGCAAAGAGCAGGCUUCAGUCAUCAGCAAGAGCCAUGCUGUUUCUCUCUCUCUCUCUCUCUCUCUCUCUCCAUUCUCCAGUGGGAUCCAGAGAGCUUCAGGCUGGGGGCGGAGCCUUUGGACCAUCAGAGCAAAGCUCCCUCUGGGAAUUCUGGGGAGCAUCCUGAAGGCUACAUCCACACGUGGCUGGAAAUGCCCAAGCAGCCUUGGUGGGGAGCAUGUGUUUAUUUAUUACGCGUUUGAUUCCGAAUGGACCUGAAGCCAAGAGUCAGCUUUUCCGGGCUCUCUGGGGUCAGCCAGGGCUGAGCAUGCUCCUGGGCUGCUGCUUCCAGUCCCGGCGAGGGGUCUGGCGGAGGCAAACCCUUGUUCAGUGACUUGAGGGUUGGGGUUGACCAAGCAAGGGGCCACCGAGAUGGCUGUCGUGUUCGGUCUCUGCUAUCUGGUGUUGUGUCUACUGUGAUUGGCUUCGAGUGACAGUGUUUGCAAUGGCAUUGCCCUGAGUGGAUCUCCAAGGGCUGGGUUAUUUUUAGAAGCAGGUUAAUUUCAGCAGGCUUUGUGUGUAGUUGUGUGCACCUGCUGGGGUGGGAUGUGUCGGUGGGGGAGGGGAAGGGUCUAGAAUGGGUUUCCUGAGUGAUGCAUGUAUGGUGGGCUCUUUGGAUGGGGUGAGGUCGUUUUCUUAUCUUCUGCAGCCACUUAAGAUGGUUUUCUUGAAAAUAACAAAAGAGGCCGCUCUUUGAAAGGACCUGUGAGGAUUUGCACGUGCCUUUGAGGGAGGGGGCUGAAGGUGGAGGCUGCUGGCUGGGGCAGCUGUGAGCUCAGACAGCAGGAGUCCCACGCCACACCCUCCAAAUGAACAGUCCACAGUUGGCCCCACUCUGAGUUUACAGCAUGGCCGUGUCCCUCUGUCCCUAUCUGGGGGUUGCGUGCCAAAUUAUAGUUCUUGUCUGAUUGGUUCAUCCACAGCAAGGCCAUGUUCCCCGCCCAUUCGGUGGGGAUUCUUAUUCCAGUGGGAAAGGGAAAUCCUUCAGCAGGUGGUCCUAAGCCCUGGGCCAGAGCGUUUGGGUGGGUGCCAGGACCCCAAGCCAGGCGUCAUCCUGGCCACUGGAGGUCAGGUUUGCAAGGAUGAACCAGGAGGCUUGGGUUUUUCCACCAUCCUGCUGCCAUGAUGCUGCCGUCACACCGUGGGUGGUGGAUCUAUCCAAGAAACUUGAAUCAAAGCAAUAACCUAAAGACUGAGCACCUGCCCCGUGUUCAGCCCUGACCGGUGCUGUGAGCUAGGGGCAAGCUCACCAAAUAAACGUGCAAAUCCAAUCCUGCCCUAAGGGACCUGAUGUUCCCCCGGCAAACCCCACUUGCUGGUUGCCAAGGGGAUGUUCCACCAUGGCAGCCCACAGACUGAAAGCACAAUGUGGCCCCAAGCAGGUGCCACGUGGAGUGAUCCGAGAGUGGCAGCACCCGGGGGCCCACAGGGAGCCCUGCAUGUACUCUGUAGCUUGUGUAGACUUUUAGGACACUGCUGCACCUAGUGCUGUGUAGCCACAUCUUUUUUUUUUAAGAGAGAUUUAUUUAUUUAUUUUUUAAACUCAGAGUUACAGGGAGAGAGGGGCAGAGAAAGAGAUCUUUUGUUCGCUGGUUCACUCAGUGAGUGGCCAUAACAGCCGGGGCUGAACCAGGCGAAGCCAAG